CGUCAAGCCUUAAACCCGUCAAGAACCAUCGUAUUUUCCCCUUUGAAAUACAAAAACUCCCUGGGAAAGAAAAAUGGCUCCGAGAGAAAAGCCGGGUCAGGUGAGCCCUAACCCAACAUCCAAGGAGAUCCGGUAUCGAGGAGUCAGGAAGCGCCCAUGGGGCCGUUACGCCGCCGAGAUCCGCGACCCCGGGAAGAAAACUCGGGUCUGGCUUGGCACAUUCGACACCGCAGAGGAGGCAGCGCGUGCGUACGAUAAGGCGGCGCGUGAGUUUCGCGGUGCCAAGGCGAAGACUAAUUUUGUGGAAGCGAACGAGAAUGAUAUCAACCAUAACAGCAAAUUCUCUCGUAGCCCAAGCCAGAGCAGUACCGUGGAGUCAUCCUCUCCUCCGCCGCUGGACCUGACUAUGGCCAGCAACACCUCGUUCUCCAUUCCCAUCGUGGCUCGUCCGGUUUUCUUCUUCGAUGCCUUCGCUGGAUCUUCCAGUGCGGCGGCAUGCAGGUUUAAUGAGGGGGCUGCUGUGGGCUACUACGGCGCAACAACUGCCGGAACUCAGAGCGAUUCUGAUUCAUCCUCGGUUGUCGAUUUUGAAGGUAGCCCACAGAGAAGAGCGGCCGUCCUCGAUUUCGAUCUUAACCAGCCGCCUCCAGCUGAGGCGGCAUGAUUUUUCCCUGCUGUCGUUUUGCACUUGAAUACUUACUAAGGUUUUUUUUUUUUCCUUCCAAUUUGAAGUAAGAAAAAAAAGUUCAAAUUCUGACGUGUAACAAUUAUCGUGUAAAUGUAACCUCACUAUGAUCAGAUCUUGUGUUUUUGCUGCUGAGAAUUAUGGUAAGAAUAAUCAUUUAAUUUUGCUGAGAACGGUUUCCUUCUCUGUUAGUACCAUAACUUCAGCGCAAAAUUAUUAUUAUUAUUAUUAUUUUUCAAAAAAAUUGUUUUGCAUCU